GGCCGCCUCAAAAGCCUGUGCUUCUCUCCUCUCACAUCCGCACAUCCGCACCCCACACCCACCUCAACCCAUCGUCACUGCCUGUCGCCUCCUCGCCUGACCUCUCUCAGCCUUCUGUUGCCCCUCACGCCUCUCGCCCUUCGCACCCGCCGCCUCUCCCAUGCCGCGCUCCGCCGCCGGCACCGGCAAGCGCGAUGACUCGGGCCGCCUGCCCGACCGCCACGAGCUGAUGCGCCGCGCCAUGGCCGAGGCCAGUGCCGAGCCGCUCGCCGGCACGCUCGGCAACGGCCUUGGCGACGACGACGAAGACGACGACGACGCCUCGAGCGCCGGUCCGCACGGCCGCGGCCCGCGCGGCGCCCUCGUCGUCGAGGACCCGCCGACGCCCGGCGACCGGCCUGGCGAGGGCAGUCUCAACCUCGAUGCCUUCAAGGACGGCAACGACGUGGUGCAUGCCGAUGCGCCCUCCGUCUCGUCCUCCGCCACGCCUACGCCCAUCGGCACGCCCGCGGGCCCGACGAGCAGCACGCCGCAGCGGCCCAAGCUCGGCAGUCGCAACAACAGCUACCACGGCACCGACGCCGACGGGGCCAGCCCGGUGCCGCCGCCCAAGUCGCAGCACGCACGCUACGCCACUACGGGCACGGCCGACACGGCGGCCGGCGCCCGCGGCCGCCAGAGCUCGCUGGCGCCGCCGACGCCGCGCCGCGAUGGCACGUCGCCGACGCGCGCAGGCGGCAUGACAGAGAGCGCCAGUCUGGGCAAUCUGGCGCCUCCCAGCGGGCUUGGCCGGCUGCGCAAGCUCUCCGAUGCCGCAUCGCCCUCCCGCAAAAGCACAGCUGAUGGUGAGCGGCCGAGCAAGAAGGCCGCGACGGGGCCGGCGGGCGGCAUUGCAGGUGCUCUGGCCGCCAGCGGCCUAGCAGGCAUGGGCGUGGGCAACUCGUCGACGCUGCAACAGGCCGCCUCGCGUGCCUCGCAGUCACAGUCGAGACGAGGCUCGGCAGUGGCAGACAACAGCUUCGUCGGCGGCAUGCAAGGCGGCGUCUAUCGCGAUCCGUCGACUGGCGCGCUGACCGAGCGCGGCGCUGAACCCGGCACGCCUGGCGCCGGCGACGAAUACGCCGUGCGCCGUGGCGGCCAUGCGCUGCGCGAGAGAAGUGCCUCGAGCAGCGUCAGCCUGAUGAGCGAGUCGAGCGACGCAUCGGGCCUUGGCGCAGCAGCCAACUUCAGCGCCGCGGCCGCGCAGCAUGGCCUGCUGGCGCCGCCUUCGAACGGCGCGCCUACGCCCAACCAGCUCUCGCCGCGCUCCGAGACGGGCGAGCCACACUUGACGCCCGGCGGCAUUGGCGCGGUCGGCGGCCUCAGUCCGGCAGGUCUCGGCGAGGGCGUCAGCCUAGGAGACGACGACGCGUGGCCGGGCGAGGGCGUGGGCAGUCAGAUCACUGGCUUUGCCGUCGCCAGUAGCAGACGCAAUGCCGAGUUCCACGCCCUCUUUCCCAGCGUGCCAGAGGACGACUAUCUCAUCGAAGACUACGGCUGCGCGCUCGUCAAGGAGAUUCUCGUGCAGGGCCGCUUCUACAUCUCGGAGAACCACGUCGGAUUCAAGGCCAACAUCUUUGGCUGGGUCACCAACAUUAUCGUGCCCUUCUCCGAGAUCGUGUCGAUUGAGAAGCGCAUGACGGCCUUUGUCAUCCCCAAUGCGAUCCAGAUCGCCACGCUGCACUCCAAGCACACGCUCGCCUCGCUCAUCUCGCGCGACGCCACGUACGACCUGAUGGUCAACAUCUGGAAGCUCUCGCACCCCAAGGUCGGCGGUGCGCUGCCCGCUGCCGCAGGCGAGAGUUCCGACGAGAGCGAGACGGAGGGCGAUGUGUCGGGCGACAAGGGCGAUGGCUCGACGCCGGCCAAGCUGAGCAAGCGGGCGCUGCUGCGCCGUAAGCUCAAGGUGGGCAAGGACGGCGCGGCGCGCGACGAGGGCGCCAUCUCGGCAGACGUCAAGGACGCGAUGGACACGGAUGGCCGACCUGCCAAGAGUUCAGCCAGCCCACGACCGGGGCAGAAGCGCGCCGCACAUCGUGCCACGUCGUGUCCGUGCGAAGCGAAGAAGGAGCAUCACGCCACGGUGCCGCUCGACGCCACGUACCCUGCCGUGCCGGAGAAGAUUUACAAUCUCAUCUUCACGAGCGGCUUCAUGAAGGACUUCUGGACGAACAACCAGAAGCUGCUGGACCUGCAGAUGUCGGACUGGAGCCCGGACCCCAAGAACGACAAUCUGCUCUCGCGCGACAUGAGCUACAUCAAGCCGCUGACGGGCAGCUUCGGGCCCAAGCAGACCAAGUGUGUCAUCAGCGACGAGAAUCUGCACGUCGACAUGGACGAGUACAUCACGACACUUACGACGACGCGCACGCCCGACGUCCCAAGCGGCGGCAGCUUUGCGAUCAAGACGCGCACCUGCUUCACCUGGGCCGGCGGCAACACGACGCGCAUGUUUGUCAGCUGCACCGUCGACUGGACGGGACGCAGCAUGAUCAAGGGCAUCAUCAACCAGGCGUCGAUUGACGGCCAGAAGCAGUACUACAAGGACCUCGAUGCCGCGGUGCGCCAGUACCUCAAGGAGCACGCCAGCGAGUUCCGCGAGGAGGGCGACGAUGAGGCAGCAGACGAGGAGCGCGAGGCGGCGAUGGAGAAGGCGAACAACGCGAGCGGCGGCGAUGGCGCUGACGAGAAGGCCGCUGGCGGCAGCAGCUCGUCGUCGACUCCGGCGGACGAGACGGCCGGCGGCGCACUUGCGAUGGUCUCCGGCGCCGCACGCACCGCGUUCGACAUGCUGGGCGACGGCGUCGGCAUGCUGAGCGACAGCAUGGCCGGCGCCAGCGCCUCGAUGCUCAUCCUCGGCGCCGUCGUGGCGCUUCUGGUGCUCACGAACCUCUGGGCGCUCUCUUCCGGCGCGCCUCGCUCGCGCAGAGAUCCGACGUCGCCGCAUCGCCUGCAGUCCUCCUCUUCGUCUGCGAGUCGGGGCGCGAGGAACGACGCGGACACGGCCAGCGCAGAGACGAUUGCCCUCGCUGUGCGCGGCGUACUGCAGGACUACCUGCCGCCACGCGAGGGCUCGGGACGUGUAGAGGCGCCGAACUGGGAGGCCAGCAAGUGCUGCGAGCAGGCCAAGGCGGCGGCGCAGCGCAUUGAGCGGCUCGAGCAAGGCCAGGCGGAGCUGCAGCGACAACUGCAGGCGGUGCUCGAGCGCGUCGGCGGUGCCACGAAGGGUGCGACGAAGGGCAAGAAGGAGCUGUAGGGUGCGCUCUGAUCCGUCCACGACCGACAUGACUGCUAUGCCUCCCUCGCACGCCUCCACAGCCACUUCCUCUCAAUGCACACCUUCGGGUCAUCAUAAGGC